AUGGAAAAUGAAGAAUGUAGAAAAUUAGAAGGAUAUAGAAAUAUAGAAGUAUAUGGUCUUACAGAAUCUGUAAAAAAAAUAUUUAACAUUACUUUUAAUUCAAUGGGAGAAAUAAUUAAAAAGCUUACAGAAUUUUCAUAUGAUACUUCUAGUUUAUUAAAAGACAGUAAAGAAUUAAAUGGUAUUGAUACAAUUACAUGGAUGGGAUGUAAAAAUUCUACAUUUGAUGAUCAAAAAAUUCAAGUUAUGAUAUCAUACUCUGGACAAAGAACUCAACAAAAACCAUAUGAUUCAAAAUUUUCAAAUCCAGUACCAUAUGAAAUUUCAAUAAUUGAGUAUAAAGAUAUCAAAAAAGACAACUUAACUGAAGCUGAAAUUAAUUCAAAUGUUUUAUUAUCAAUUGUUGAAAUAGAAAAAAGUUCAGAAAAAAAGAAAUAUUUGGAUAUUUUACCUCCAAGAAUGUCAUUUUGUAAAAAUUUACCAAUUAGUGUUCUUCCUAAAAAUAUUCCUAAUAAUUUUGAAGCAAAAUAUAAGAUGUAUAAUAAUGUGAAUAACAAAAUAAGCAAUAUUGGUAUAUUUUAUAGUAAAAAAUAUGAUUUAAGUUCAUAUGUAUUAGAGGAUAACUUUAAUUUUAUUGCUCCAUUUAUUGGAAAAUUUGAAGGAAAAAAUAAAUAUAAAAAAGUUAAAAUUAUACAAGAUUUUAUUUAUGGAUAUGAAUACAUACUUUCAGAGGAAGAUAAAAAAUGUUUAAAUGUCAAAGAAUUAUCAACUGAUUUCAUAAAUACAGGAACUAAAAACAAUUUAAUAUAUUUAAAAGAUCCUCAAAAUUUUAUGUUAGAUCCUUUGGGAGACAAUUUUUAUUAUUAUGGUUCAAUUAAGACAAAUAUAAAUUUAACUUUUGAUUCAUAUGUAGCUAAAGAUGUAAAUGGUGGUAUAAUUGAAGUUUUAUAUACAAAUGAUUAUUGGAAAUUUAAUGAUUUGUCUGGACCAAUUUUACAUACAAUUAAUUACAAAUCACCAUCUGUAAAUUACAAAUUAGAAUUAGUUUCAUUUAAAAAUACUACUAAUGAAUUAUUUUCUACAAUUAAUUAUGAUAUUUCAUCGUGUUUGGAAAUACUAGAUAAUUCAUAUUAUUAUAUUAAAAUCAAAAAUACUACUACGAAAAUUAUUCAAAAUCUUGGAUUACAGAAUGUUUAUGAUGAAUUAUCAUAUACAUUGUCAAAUAAUUCACAAGUAUCUUCUCCUUUACGUUUUACAAAUUAUUUUAUAAGACAGUCAGAUGAAGAUGUCCUAAUUUUCUUUUCUAUUUCAAAUAAAAUAAAUAUUAUUCCAUCAUCAACAAUUCAUUUCAGAAAUCAAACGACAAUUGAUGAAAUUAUAGCUAAUCUUAAUUCAACAUUAACAACAAAAGAAAUUUCAUUUCAAGUAUAUAAAACUAUAUUAACAAUUCGUCAAAAUUCUUUUAUGAAGAAUCCAACUACAGUACCACAACCUAGUCCAAGUCAAUUUGUGGGAUAUACUGCUGCUUCAUUAUUUGUAUCAUCAUUUUUUUCAUUUGCUUUUGGUGUACUUCUUGGUGUGGGAGGAAUUGUAUUUCAAUGGAAAAGACAGAGAUUAACAAAUUUAUCUUAUCAAAUAUUUGAAUAA